UCUUUUCUUUAUAUAUAUACAUACAUGUGGUUAAUAUUUCAGUUUCGUAGUCUAUGUGAAACACUCCAAGAAGAAGAGUAAGAAAAAAACAAUAUGGAUCAGAGCCAUUUAAACGCAAGUCAAUCAAGAUCUGUAGAUCGCAAAACUAUUGAGAAAAAUAGAAGGAUUCAGAUGAAAAACCUCUACUCAGAACUCAACUCUCUUCUUCCUCAAACUUCUAGGGAGUCUUUGGCACUGCCUGAUCAGCUAGAUGAAGCUGCAAACUACAUCAAGAAGCUACAAGUGAACGUGGAGAAAAAGAGAGAAAGGAAGAGGAAACUUCUUGCGACUACAGCUUUCGAGAAAUUGAAUUCCACUGGAUCUUCAUCGAUGUCUUCGAGUGUGGACCUCUCCAUGCCAAGAAGGUUACCUAGAAUCGAGAUUCAAGAAACCGGUCCGGUUCUUCACAUCUUUCUU